UGAAUAUUAACCAACCAGAGUCACGCGUUCUGUUUACAACACUCUCGACGAAUCCAAACUAAAACUUGUCUCUUCCCCCCCCUCACUCACUCACUCACUACCUUACAAAAACCCUAACCCCCAAUUUUCUCCUUCACUCGCUUGAAAAUGGAAGACGAAGAAGGCAUCGGGUUGAUCUUAGCCAGAGCCACCGAGCUCAGACUCAAGAUCACCGAUUCUAUCGACAGCUCCAGCCCCGGAGAAGGAAAGAAGGAUGGGACUAUCGGGAAUCAAGAUAAGGAGUUUGACUCAAUCAGCUCUGGAGAUGUAGAGGAGGAGGAGGAAGAAGAAGAAGCAGAUGAACAGCUUCUGCGUAUACGCGAUGCUCUCGAAUCUCUAGAGUCUCAGCUUGCUUCUUUACAGAAUCUACGGCAAAGGCAACAGUAUGAGAAGCAAGUUGCUCUCUCCGAGAUUGAUUACAUCAGGAAGGUGUUGCUUGAGAAGCUCAAGGACUACAAAGGGAAAGAGCUCCAAGUACUGCGCGAGGCUUCGACUUUUGCUGGCGAAAGAGUUGACUAUGAGAACGAUCUUCUCCUUCCUCCUUACCCUGUUCACCCUCCUCUCUCCCUCGGUUUAGAUAACAACAAUGGCUACUUACCUCUUUUACCGUGUAAGCAGAAGAUAUCUGAUGAAAACGGGUUUCGGUCAGGACAUGUGAGAAAGGAAACCGAGGUGGGAAGUCCCCAUGGAGUUGUUCGCUUCUUAGGCUCUGUUGCGAAGAUCAUGCUUCCGAUCAUCGGUGUGAUAUCCAUCUUGUUUGCUUCUGGAUAUGGUCCAGAGAUCAGAAAAAGAGGGAAGAGAACACCGAACCAAUGUCCUCCAGGGAAAGUGCUAGUGAUUGAAGACGGUGAAGCGAGGUGUCUUGUGAAGGAAAGAGUCGAGAUACCCUUUGACUCGGUGUUAGCCAAACGAGAUGUAACUUACGGAUACGGUUGAAUUGUAAUAACGCCCUACUCUGUAAUCUUCAUUGCCUCAUGAGUUUCAGUGUGUAAAGUUUCAAUCUGUUGUCUCUUUUAGAUGUGAAGCUACAAAACUCCCCCAAGGUUUUGUUCUUGCUUGUGCCUCUCAGCAUAUAAUCUUAGAUGUGAGAUCCAUUUGCAAGGUAGUAUUUAUCUUCUGAUAGUUAAUCA